AUGUCUCAAACAAAGCCCUUCCAAGAUAAAGAGACCGACGGCUAUGCCGUCUACUCUAAACCUUGCAGCGGCUUCAAAACUGUCGGCAUCCGGGCCUUGACAAGUGCAGCCAGGCGGGCCUUGACUCACAACUGUAUCGUCGGCCGGCGUCUCGUGUUGCAGAAAGCUCUGCAGCGUUGA